CGUCAACAAGACAGACAAAAGCCAACCCACAUAGGACUCUUCUUCUCUCCUACAUCUUUCUUCCCCUUCUACACACUCUCUCUCGCGCGAUUAUGCUGAGGUGGAGACCAAUGUGGUCUGGUUGGUGAGAGAGAAUAAAUGCAUUACGAUACUCACUGGCUUACGCUGGUCAGUGAACAAGACAGAUUAGAGGUUUCUUUCUUAAUUCUUGAUAAUUGCAUUACAUUAAUGUCAGUUUUUCUUUUAAUUAUUAUGAAGAGAAAGAGCGAGAGAGAAAUGGACAUGCACGUGGUUCAUUUUCUGUUGGCCUUCUUGGCAUCCGGAGCAGUGUAUAUAGAGGGACUUUUUUAAGCAGGUUAUUAAAUUGGCUCACCUGCUUCCUUUCCAGCCAAGGUACUGUCUGUCACCACUUCCAUUCCUCAUCCUCCACCAUCACCAUUUUCAUUCCAUCACUUCCUAUGCUUCUCUGUUCCCUCAAUUUCAUUUCUUUACUCUACCCCAGAAAAGUAAAAUCCCCCAAAGAUCUUUCUUUCUGUGUCCAUUAAACUCAAGGGUUUUUACUUUUUUUUUUUUCGUGCAAAUGUGUUCCCAAUUUACGACCUUUCUUCAUUUUCAGUGAUAUCUGUGGCUCUGUUGAAAAAUGCUGCUACUUGGUUAUGAUUGUGAUUUUGUGUUUCUUACUAUGAAAACUCUAAGGAUCAGUUCCAGUAAAGCAGCAAGGCAACCUCCUGAAGUCUCUUUUAAUUCGAUCUAGCAUCAAUAAUGCCAAACGGAUAGAUCCAUUUAUGAACACUUUGUGCAGUGAGCAUGAGAAGCUUUUAUCAGUGUUGUGUCUCUCAUGCUCUUUUGCUCUCGAUUUCUUGCUUUCUUGGAUUCAUUUGUACUGUUUCCCCAGCUUCGGAGCGAGAGAUCUUGCUGCAGUUCAAGGCAAACAUCACCAUUGACCCAUAUAAUAGCUUGGCUACCUGGGUUCCAAGUGGCAAUCCUUGUGAAUACAGUGGCGUGUUCUGCAAUUCGCUGGGAUUUGUGGAGAGAAUUGUCUUAUGGAAGACCAACCUAUCUGGAACUUUGUCACCGGCAUUAUCAGGUUUGAGAUCUUUGAGAAUUUUGACAUUGUUUGGCAAUCGAUUUUCGGGUAAUGUCCCACAAGAAUAUGCGGAGCUAAGCACAUUGUGGAAGAUAAAUUUGAGUUCUAAUGCGCUGUCUGGGUCAAUCCCAGAAUUCAUCGGUGACUUGCCCAGUAUUAGGUUUCUUGAUUUGUCCAGGAAUGGUUAUAGUGGAGAUGUUCCAUCAGCCUUGUUCAAGUUUUGUUACAAGACCAAGUUCGUUUCUCUUUCGCAUAACAGUCUUUCCGGUACAAUUCCGAUUUCAAUCGUGAAUUGCACUAAGCUUGAAGGGUUUGAUUUCUCUUUCAACAAUCUCAGCGGUGAAUUGCCUUCUCAAAUUUGUGAUAUUCCUUCGUUAAAGUUUAUGUCUUUGAGUAGCAAUAUGUUAAGAGGGAGUGUGCAGGAGCAGAUUUCAAGAUGCCAAGCAUUGAGUUUUUUGGAUCUUGGCAGCAAUAUGUUUUCCGGGUUGGCACCAUUUGGGGUCCUUGGAUUCCAAAACCUGAGUUAUUUCAAUAUAUCGUAUAAUGGGUUUCAUGGAGAGAUUCCUGAUAUAGGAACCUGUAGCGAAGGACUGGAAAUCUUCGAUGCUUCGCGUAAUGAUUUGGAUGGAGAGAUCCCAUUAAGCAUUACAAACUGCAAAAUCCUUAAAGUUCUCAACUUGGGAUUUAACAGGCUGAAUGGGAGUAUUCCAGGCGGGAUUGCUGCACUGGAAAAACUUUGGGUGCUUAAUUUGGGAGUUAAUUCCAUUGAUGGGACUAUCCCUGCUGGAUUUGGAGGCGUAGAGCUGCUUCUGGUCUUGGAUUUGCACAAUCUUCAACUUACAGGCGAAAUUCCUAAAGAUAUAAGCAAUUGCAAGUACCUUCGUGAGCUGGAUCUAUCUGGUAAUGAUUUAGAUGGAGAAAUUCCCAAUACCCUUUACAAUAUGACUUUCUUAGAAGUUCUUGACCUGCAUCGAAACCAACUUAAUGGUAGCAUACCUGAGACUGUAGGAAACUUGACAAACCUCCUAGUCCUUGACCUCUCACAAAAUAAUAUUUCUGGGACAAUCCCAUCUUCCCUUGAAAAUUUGACAAACUUAACAUCUUUUAAUCUGUCAUCCAACAGCCUCUAUGGUCCAAUUCCUUCGAUACCAAAAAUCCAGGCUUUUGGUCCAUCUGCAUUCCUUAAUAAUUCUGGGCUCUGUGGUCCCCCUUUGGACAUUUCAUGCUCGGGCACCGUCAUAAAUCCAAAAUCCAAGAAAAACAAGGUGCUUAGCAACUCUGUAAUUGUAGCAAUUGUUGCUGCUGCAUUGAUCCUUACUGGGGUCUGCGUGGUUUCAUUCAUGAACAUUAGAGCAAGAGGUAAGAAAAUGGAGGACGAAACAAUGGUUGUCGAGAGCACACCAAUGGGUUCGACAGAUUCCACUGUUAUUAUUGGGAAGUUGGUUCUGUUCAGCAAGACUUUACCCUCAAGAUAUGAAGACUGGGAAGCUGGAACCAAAGCUUUGCUCGACAAGGAAUGUUUGGUUGGUAGUGGAUCAAUUGGAACCGUCUAUAAAACUAACUUUGAAGGUGGGAUCUCAAUUGCAGUGAAGAAGCUUGAGACUCUAGGUAGGAUCAGAAGUCAAGAUGAAUUUGAGCAAGAAAUCGGACGGUUAGGUAACCUUUCACAUCCAAAUUUGGUUGCUUUUCAAGGUUAUUACUGGUCCUCAACAAUGCAGCUAAUUUUGUAUGAAUUUGUUUCGAAUGGUAAUCUAUAUGAUAAUCUACAUGGACUUGAUUAUCCAGGCACCAGUACUAGUGUCGGAAAUCCGGAAUUGUACUGGUCUAGGAGGUUUCAGAUUGCCCUUGGAACAGCAAGGGCACUUUCUUUCCUUCACCAUGAUUGUAGGCCGCCAAUACUCCAUCUCAACAUCAAAUCUACUAACAUACUCUUAGAUGAAAAUUAUGAAGCCAAGUUAUCUGAUUAUGGGUUAGGGAAGCUGCUGCCCAUUUUGGACAACUAUGGUUUAACCAAAUUCCAUAAUGCAGUAGGGUAUGUUGCGCCAGAGUUGGCUCAAAGUCUAAGAUUGAGUGAGAAAUGUGAUGUGUACAGCUUUGGAGUGAUUCUUUUGGAGCUAGUUACAGGGAGGAAACCAGUAGAGAGUCCAUCAGCAAAUGAGGUAGUUGUUUUGUGUGAAUAUGUUCAUCGUUUAUUAGAGACAGGCUCAGCUUCAGAUUGCUUUGACAGAGGUUUACGAGGUUUUUCAGAGAAUGAGUUGAUUCAGGUUAUGAAACUAGGAUUGAUUUGUACAUCUGAGGUUCCUUCAAGAAGACCAAGCAUGGCUGAGGUUGUUCAAGUCCUCGAAUCCAUAAGGUCUGGAGUGGAAUCAUCAUAGUCAGCAUCAAAGUCCUUUAGAGGGUGUUUUUUGGCUCAUCAGUUCAGUUAACCAUGUGUCGGUUUCAGUCAAAAGAACUACUCUAGUUGGAAGGUUGGCGAGUUAGACUGUGCAGAGACAAUCUUGUCGCAUAUUAGGGAAAAUAGAAAAUCAUUCUUUUCUAUUCAUUUUUGGAAUUACAAUUAUUAAAUUGUUCCUACCAUUUGUAACCUUUUUCAAUAAAAUCAUUCAUUUAUUGUA